GAGGGAGGGCGCCCGCACCGCCUUCCCCUGCCGCCUUGCCGCGCCUUGCCGCACUACCCUCCCGCGGUGCCCUUCCUUCUCUGCUUUCUCCUGGAUUCACCCUCCCUCUUUCGUUCUUUUUCUUUCUUUCUUUCUUUCUUUCCGCUUUCUCUUUUCCAACUGCGUUCCGGGCUGCUCCCUGGGAGGGGCGCAGGCGGCCGAGCAGCUUGCAAACUCCGGCCGGGACCAGAGCAGGUGCCGCUUCCAGGCUUUGGAAAGCUGUGAUCUGCGUUAGGAGUUGUGCCCUUGCUGCUGGUUCUGCACUGGAAACACGGGGCAGCGAGCCCCCUUCCCAUCACCCCUGUUAAUGCUACCUGUGCCACACGCCACCCAUGUCAUGGCAACCUCAUGAAUCAGAUCAAGAACCAAUUGGCUCAGCUCAAUGGCAGUGCCAAUGCCCUCUUCAUUUCCUAUUAUACAGCUCAGGGGGAGCCAUUCCCCAACAACCUCGACAAGCUGUGUGGACCCAACAUGACGGACUUCCCACCCUUCCAUGCCAAUGGCACAGAAAAGGCCAAGCUGGUGGAGCUGUAUCGUUUGGUCGCAUACCUGGGUGCCUCCCUGGGCAACGUCACCCGGGAUCAGAAGAUCCUGAACCCCAAUGCCCUGAGCCUCCACAGCAAGCUCAAUGCCACCACAGACACCAUGCGGGGCCUCCUCAGCAAUGUGCUUUGUCGCCUGUGCAACAAGUACCAUGUGGGCCACGUGGACGUGACCUAUGGCCCUGACACCGCAGGCAAGGAUGCUUUCCAAAAGAAAAAGCUGGGCUGCCAGCUCCUGGGGACGUACAAGCAAGUCAUUAGCCUGGUGGCCCAGGCCUUCUAGACAGAUGGCCUUGUAGUGUACCAUGGACCAAGGGAUCUCAGAAGCAGGAUCCAGAUGUGGGGGGCUCAAAAUAUGCUAGGGUUCAGGGUAUUGGUAAAUGUAAAUGGGGUCUGCUGGCAGACCCUAGGGAGCUCCAGUCACUCACUCUACUCUGGGCUGGGCUGUGAUAGAGCCCAGCAGAAUUGAAACUUCCGUAGGCAGGGCUUCCGUUCAGCCUGGCGCUGACUAGAAAUGGCAACCAGGGUGUUGGACUGAGGAGGCAGGUGUGGACGAAAUUUCUGUCUCACUAGCUCCCUCAGCCUCUUGCUCACUAUGUGUGUGAACAAAUUGUACAAGUUGUCUAGAGCAGACAGCGGUAGAGUCUCCUGGUCCCCUGCAGAGUAACUGCCAUCUGGGCCUUUACUGUCCCUUAUAGAGACAUUGGAAGGUUUGGUUGGGACUUGGGUGGGCCAGAGGGACUGGGAUGCAGGACUCCUUGUCCUUAUGAAGUUUUGUGGGUGGAAGUUAGAGAAGGUGCCUUGGGAUAGAAUGCAUUUUCUUGAGCAUGGUUAGAGAGUUCAGGCCUAGGGAUUGUCGGGUGGAAGGUUCUUGAAGGUCACUAGUGUUCAGGCUCUUGGGGAAGCAGAGAUGCCACCUUCAGGUUUGGGAAAGAAGUCCUUGGAGGGAAAGAGGCCCCAAAGCCUAAUGGGCUCAUUUCUCAUCUCUGAAGUCUUUCCCCACAGCCUGGCUUGCCUGGGGUCUGCUAGUUAAGCCUAGAGAUGCAGUGUGUACAGGUGGCCAGAAGCAGGUUGCAAAGACAGGUGAGGAGGUUCAGGGGUUACCCAGAGACUUCCUUCUAGGAAGGAUCUAUAAGAAUCUGGGAGCCAGAGAGGGAGCAGGGCAGCCAUGCUGGGGUGGCAGUGACUGCAGAAACUGGCUGCUUUUCAACCCCUGAGCAGGUGGUCCUGAGGACAGGUAACUUACAGUAGGUCAUAUCUGAGGCCCUGGAGGUCGCACAAAGGUACCUGAAGGGACUGGAGGCUGUCUCUGGUCCCUAGAGCAAGGAGCAGCAGAACUCGAGGACAGGGUCUCAGGGAAGCCCGAGAUCAAGAGUGCUGUGUCUGACCCAGUGCGGUCGUCUAUUUAUUAUGAUGUCCUAUUUAUGUUAACUUAUUGGUGCUUUAAAUGGCAAAGUUAAUCCCCCUUCCUUGCUCCUUACCCAGCAGAAAUAACAUGAUGGCCCCUUAUACGGGAGCCUGGCCCAGGCCUCACCUAGCAGGGCCUGGUCUGAGGGCUGGUGACGUCACAAGUAGACUAAGUCUUGAGUAAAGUUGAGAGAAGGGUCAAGAUCAGAGAGGAUGGCCAGCUCUCUUGUCUCCCACUGUAACUCAAUGUAGGGGUGUCAAGGUCCCCCAGCAGGAGCUGGGUCAAUUUGUGGGGUGGGGUGACUGAAUGGUUCCCCACCUUUUCUGGUUGCAGGGGGAGGGGGUCAGUCUACCAUGUUAUCUGGAACCCCCUGGAUUCCUACUGCCAGGAGGACCAUUCAUGAUUGAAAUGAAUGGCUCUGGAGCCUUGGCAAAGCUGAUUCCUUGUCCCUCAAUGAACAGCUGAGGAGCCCUAGGAGAGCCGGACCCAGCACUCAGCAUGCUCCCACACAGCAUGGAAGCUCCUCGGGUGGCUGGAACACCCACAGAGGACGAAUGCAGGAAGUUGGGGCAGUGCGGGGUCUGAACAGCUGCCCAGUGCUCCAGAGAAGGGGAGAGCAAGGCCUGAGAUGUCUGGGACACAGACCAGGAAGCUGUGGUCCUCGCUUAGCUGCUUCCCUCCCACUCCCGCCCAUGUCUGGGCUCCCAGGCAGGGAACCUGAUCUGAUCUCUCCUUUGUGCUGAGGCCAGGCAAGCAGAGAAACGCCCUCUGUCUGGGAGCAGGGUAGGGAGCGAGGCAGCCAAGCUGGGGCAGUGACUGACUACAGUCUCAGAGCAAGGCUGUCCUGACAGUUCAGCUGCAGGACCCGGCUUCGUACAUUUUUGUACCUUUCUCUGUUGUUCUCUAAGCACUUUACCUGUAUGGCAGGUGGGCAGGCAGCUGGCAGGCCCUGAGGCUCUGGGUAGGACACCAAAAUGUGGCACUUCUGUCAGUGAUGCUGUUUAGAUGGGAGUCACGCUGUUGCCUAGGUCACAGCCUGUUUGUUGCCCUGUUCUCCUGCUGUAUGGAGCUCAGCUCAGGACCUGUUGCCCUUCUCCACGCUGAGACGCAAGAGAAGCAACUAGUCUGGAAAUCAAGAUGAUUCAGCAGCCUGAGGUUGGCUGGGUCUCACUAUCACCUCACCUCCCUGUGGACACAUGGAUUCCCUGGGCUUAACUCACCUGGAAGCCUUGAAGGCUCAGGGACCAACCAACUGGUUUCUCUGUGUGCAUAGCCCCUGGCUCCACGUUACAUCCAACUCCAACAGGUCAGCUCCCACUCUGCACAGCAUUGCUGAAUUACAGAGCCUUUGGGCAGGCAUUUGCAUAUCUUGUCAUCUUUUGCCUGCUAGUGUUAACUUUCACCUGGCAUGAAGGGUCGUGUGCCUGGGCCAGAGGAGGAAAGAUGGGGCAUUCACAGAGGAUAGGGUAGGACAGUCAUUUUGCAGUUUAUCAAGAAAGAAGUAUAGGGGCCUUUAUUUAUUAUUUAAAAACUGAAACCCCAAAGCACAGCUUGUUUACUUAUCUCUCCUCCCUAUCCUUGUCCUCCUUCUUGUCCCUGACCUUGACCGAAACAAUCCAGCUCUGCUUCGCUGACUCUCCAGAGCAGACAGCAUGUGGGCCGGAGCCCCAGAAUCUUGCAAGGUAGUGAUUUCCCUUUGGAAGAGUAGAUGGUAUGACUGUCUCUGCCUUCAUAUGACCUCCAGUCCCAGCCCAAUCCCAGCUCCUGGGCUGUGUCUCCCCUCUGCACUGCUAGCUCAGCCCAUGGGGCCUCAGAUGUUUCCCUUUUCCUUUCCACUGGAAAGGACUUGGCCUUGGGUGACAAAUUCCUCUUUGAUGAAUGUACCCUGUGGGAAUGUUUCAUACUGACAGAUUAUUUUUAUUUAUUCAAUGUCAUAUUUAAUAUAUUUAUUUUUUAUACCAAAGGAAUACUUU